AUAACUGUGUUAAGCUGGCACAACUUCAUUUGCGAGUAUUUUAUUUAGACUAAGGAAGGUCGCAGCAAGUAUCGUUCAGAGUCACAUUCACAAACGUUUCCUGAUAAAAUUAUACCGCCAUAACUGAUUUGGUUUUACUCGAUACUUCCGCCACAUAUUUUUCACGCCAAGCCUACGUAUUAACACACAAUGUCCUUAUUGGAUGGUCCAGACUGUCCUGUCUUGCCUGCCCGCCGAUCUCAUUCACCGCAUUCCCCGAAAAAGGCGAACAAACAUCGCAGCACUUCCAGAACCAAAAUAACGAAAAACCAUCCGGCUUUUGGGAAGAAUCGUUCCCGAUCCCUCUCAAGUCGACGACAUGGACACCGCAGCAGCAGCAAGGUCAACCGACAGAAGAACGACAAAAAACGCCCGAAACAGCUCAAGGCCGGCGUGCGCGGAAAGCAGCCUGCCAAGCGCCUGGGAACAACGAAGAAGCUGGGCAAAAAUUAUCGAGCACCCAAUGCGAAGAAUCGAAAUGGGAAGAAAAAACCACAAGUCAAAGCUCGACUAACGAAGAACAAGCCCCGCAUCAUCAAACGGAAAGCAGGAUCGGCGCCACGCGCACACUGAGCUGUUGAUGUCUGUCUAGUUAGCGCAAAUAUAAUGCGUUGUCUCGUGUUCUUACAAAAAAAUGCAAAGGUGACAAUGAAGACCGACAGUACUGGAAAAA